GUUUUAACAUGUUUUGCUUUUAGCUGUAGGUUAUCUAGAUUAGGUGAAAUGACGUCAUUAUUUAUCAGCGUUGUCCUGCUGACGUCGUUCCGAAUGACGUCAUGUGUCAGUCCGGCCGAGAACACGAAGGAAUUCUGGUACAGAAAUGGCUUGCAAGGUAUUGAGUCAUCGGUGGAUACGUUUGCUCAGCUUAAUCCAACUCGAGCGAAAAACGUCGUUAUGAUGAUUGGAGACGGAAUGAAUAUUGCAACGUUAACGGCUGGACGUAUUGCUAUUGGGCAGAAGUCGGGCGCCAGCGGAGAGGAGCAUGUCACUGCGAUCGACCAGUUGCCGCACACCGGGAUUGCAAAGACUUAUAGCGUCGACUAUCAAACACCUGACAGUGCAGCAACAGCCACUGCUUUUCUAACUGGAGUGAAAACCAAACAGGGAACCCUUGGAGUGAGAGCUGGUGCAACUAACUGCGAUACAGACGCAGUAACAUCUGCACUUGAGCAUGCGAUUUCACAAGGCAAAUCCACGGGUAUCGUCACAACAACACGAGUACAACAAGCCACCCCAGGUGCAGGGUAUGCUCAUUCGUUACAAAGGUCAGCUUAUACUGAUAGAUUGUUGACAAUGAAUGGAAGAGGUUGUAAAGACAUCUCCAUGCAGCUAUAUGAAAAAAGAAGACAGAUUCAGGUUAUUUUAGGUGGGGGAAGAUCUCACAUGAGACCUCCCAGUGUGUUCGAUGAGGAAGGUUUGGGUAACAGAGGAGAUAGGGGGGAUAAUAGAGAUCUUAUACAAAUGUGGAGAAAUGAUAUGGAACGCAUGAACGGAAGCUACGUUUGGAACAAGAGAGCAUUUGAUCAAGUGAAUCCACUUACUACCGAUUAUUUGCUUGGUUUGUUCAGCCCACUUGAUAUGGAAUUUAUAAUUAACAAACCACGUAAUCAGAGAUAUGAUGAACCCACUUUAGAAGAAAUGACAAGAAAGGCAAUUCAAAUUCUGAGCAAGAAUCCAAAUGGAUUUUUCCUUUUGGUUGAAGGAGGGAUGAUUGACAAGGGACAUCACCAUGGAAGAGCAAAGUUUGCCCUUGAAGAGUUUCAUGAGUUUGAUAAAGCAGUUGCGGCAGUCAAGUCAAUGACAUCGGAACAAGACACCUUACUUAUUGUGACUGCUGAUCAUGGGCAUAUGUUUACUUUUGGUGGAGGAGCUGUAAGGGGAAACUCGGUUUAUGGUCUUGCCAAAAAUAACAGUCGACCAGACAUAGCACUUGAUGGUCGACCUUUUACUUCAAUAUUGUACGGCAAUGGACCGGGGUAUUCAAUGUAUAAGGGCCAACGAAGAUACCCAGGCCCAUGGGUGGCAAACAGCAAAUUCUACAAAGCGCAAAGUGCAGUGCCAUUGAGAGCAGAGACUCACAGUGCAGAAGAUGUUGCGGUCUAUGCCAGUGGUCCUUGGUCACAUUUUAUUUCUGGGGUUCAUGAACAAAGUUAUCUUGCUCAUGUUAUGUUUUAUUCAGCUUGUUUAGGUCCAUUAUACACAACAUAUCCUCACUGUGCCACUUCCCUCAAUACAAUUCAACCCAUUCCAAAUCCUGGAAGAAUCAAACAUGAUGAACCUCCUACCCCAAAUGCUUCAACCCAAGAUAAAAAGAGAUAAUUUAAAAUAUUUUAUUUUUUCAACUGAAAUUGUUCUCACCUCUAAUUUUAGCUAAUACUGACAUAGCAUAAUAAAGAAAAAAUUGUAAACCU